AUGUCCUCCUCAAGCCCUUCCAGUGACAAUGGGAUCGCUCCGACUGCGAUCAACUCAACUCCAACUCGAUCGGGAGAGUUUGAUUCUGCUUACACUUCACCACAAAGCGAUUCCAGCGGCUAUUUCAUGUCACCAAAUGAAGAUUCAUCUGAGAUCGACAGCGCCGGCGAAGUUUUGGAGAGAAAGUAUCCACAAUACAAACAUAACAAAAAUUGGCUACUUGAAUAUGAAUUCGUUCGGGGUGUUCGCAUUUUUGGUUUAGUCGCUUGUGUGCAGCAUCAGAUGAAUACCCGAUUUGGUUUUGUCUUCAAAUCAAAAUCCACUGGCAAAUUGUUUUGCUAUACCGUCUGCCUCUUCUGCACUCACGACUCGUAUUUGAUGCCUUCGAGUGAGCCCGUGUAUGAUCAAUUUAAUUUCAUUUUGAAACGAUUCGGUCAGCAUUUGGUCGUCAAUCAGGAGCUCAGCGGCGAAUUGAUCAAGUCGGUGCAAGAACAAAUUCCUUUAAAGGAAAUCACCAGCAGGCAUCCGUCAAUUGAAAAAAUUAAAAAAUUCCUGAAGAAAUGUGUCGCAAAAAGCGUUGUAAUUAAGAACGACGACAAAUUCUUUGAAUUUCUUGCAACUAAUCCGAGCAACAAACUCUCCACUCAUUACAAUUUUGUCGGAAUCGCAGCACCAAGUGAUGGCGUCUGGUGUCGUGAGCACACCAAAUAUAUGAAGUUGGCGGUUAUUGUCGAAGACAAACGCUAUCAAUUGAGUUUUGCAAUAAUGUUUUGCGAGCAGUGCGUCAGAACGAACGAAGUUCUCUCCAAGGAAAUGUUGGCUGCGGUGGGCGAGGCGAUGCGCACAUUGGACGAUGAGCCUAUCAGUGCGGCUUUCAAAAAUGGAUAUUAA